AUGGCGGCCACCGAAGAUGUCGAUCGUUACAGCAAGACGGAACCCGAAGACCGCGUUAACGAACUUCCCUUGCCACUGGACUCGGUUUCCACCGAGGAGGAGAAACCAAACCCUCCGCUCUACUGGAAGCUUAUUGCCGUCGUGAUGAUUUCGUGUAUCAGCUUUGGCUCAUCGUGGAGUUCUGGCAUUACCGGCGCCUUGAAAUCUACCCUAAAGAAGGAGUUGGAUAUCAACAACAAGCAGUUCUCGCUGCUUGAGGCCAGCGAGGACUUCAUGGUUACACUUCUGAUUCUCUCCAGUGGGAUCUUGACAGACAGGAUCGGAGGUGCUGGAGCAAUGUUGUACGGCAACAUCAUCUACUCCAUUGGUUCCAUCAUCGUUGCAGCCGCAGCUCAAGUCCGCUCUUUUAAACUCAUGAUCGGCGGUAGGGUCAUCCUUGCCCUCGGUGACAUUGCAACCCAAGUGGCCCAGUACAAAGUCUUCAGCUCCUGGUUCUCGCCCAACAACGGCUUCGCUUCGACCCUGGGUAUCGAGCUCGGCAUCAAGAAGAUUGGUGGCUUCGUCGGCAAGUCCUCGGCCAACAUUAUCGCCAAGAACACCGGCAACUUUGCUUGGGUCUUUUGGGUCUCGGUGUUCAUGAACGUCUUUACCAAUGUCCUUACGCUACUCUUCUACUGGUUCAACGGCAUCGCACACAAGAAAUUUGGCAACGUCACAGAUCCGGCAACUGGAGAGAAACUCACGGAGAAGUCCAAGAAGUUUCAGCCCAAAAAGGUCCUGGAGUUGCCCUGGGUUUUCUGGGCCAUCAUAGCGUUCUCCCUCUUCCAGACAAGCACUGCUGUUGUCUUCACACAGAACGCCACGGAACUCGCGGAGAAGAGGUUCAACACUGACUCUAUAACCGCCGUCGCGAUCUGCGGUACUGGUGUCUUCCUGGCCAUGGCUCUUGUCAACUGGGCUAAGGACACGAGGGGGACUGCUGCUGCCUUCGGCAUCUACGCUGUUGCUUUCACGCUUGGCCCAACCACAAUCAUCGACAGUAUUCGCACUUCCAUGUGGCAUGGAUCAACUUUCGGGUCUGCUUACGCUGUUAAGAUUGCCAUGAAUAAUGCUAUGAACAUCAUAGUGCGUGUCAUCACCGGUGCCAUUCAAGACGCCGACAAUGAUAGCUACGACCACGUCGUUAUCGUCUAUGUCGUUCUCGCCGCCGCAUCCGUGCUCGUGUCCAUCAUGUUGGUCGCGCUGUCGUGGUGGUCCGUUGACCUCGGCAAUCUGCAAUGGACCCGGAAGCAGCGAAUUGCUCAUGGGGAGUUGUGGAAUGAGAGGAAGCGGGCCUUCUAUGAGGACAAUGGGGCACGGAACAAGAUCAUUUCCAAGACAUGCUUCGGCACCCUGAUCAUGUUGAUCCUGGGUUCAUGGUCAGCGUACUUCUGGGGUGUUGCUACUGGCAACAAUUCUUGA